GGCUUGACCACCUACCACCAUCUUCUUUCAACAUGUCUGUCUCUGGCUCCUCGUCAAGCUCUUCCUAUCAGAUGCCACCUCCCAAUGCGGAUCUCGAGACAACCUGGCGGUUUCUCGAAGAGGGCGUCGACCAUAUCAUGACAAAGCUCCAGACAGGCGUGUCCUAUUCCAAGUACAUGAGCUUGUAUACUGUCUCGUAUAAUUACUGCACAUCAUCGAGGAUGCACGGGAACGCAGACUCUAGCAUGGUUUCGGGAAGAUCUGGGGCAAACUUGAUGGGCUCGGAUCUUUACAACAAGCUCACCAAGUACCUGAUCCAGCAUCUGAAAACUGUACGAGAGGGCGCGGAGAACCUCGUGGAUGAAGAUUUAUUACGAUAUUAUGCGAGGGAGUGGGAUAGAUAUACGACUGGCGCAAACUACAUUAAUCGGCUGUUCACAUAUCUGAAUCGUCACUGGGUGAAGCGGGAAAAGGAUGAAGGGCGGAAAGGGGUCUACACGGUUUACACACUCGCAUUAGUGCAGUGGAAACAAAACUUUUUCAAUCAUAUUCACAACAAGAACGCUAAAUUGGCCGGUGCUGUCCUUAGGCAAAUCGAGAAACAAAGGAAUGGCGAAACCAUCGAUCAGACUCUCGUGAAGAAGGUUGUUGACUCGUUUGUGUCUCUGGGUCUUGAUGAGACAGACACAAACAAGCAGUCCCUCGACGUAUACAAAGAUCACUUUGAAAUUCCCUUCAUCGCUGCUACUGAGAAGUACUACAAGACCGAGUCAGAGGCGUUCCUAGCUGAGAACAGCGUUUCGGAUUACCUCAAGAAGGCCGAAGAGAGACUAAAGGAGGAGGAAGACCGCGUUGACAGGUACUUGCAUACCACAACACGGAAGACGCUGAUCAGUAAAUGCGAGCAUGUUCUUAUCCGUGAGCAUGCUGAAACGAUGUGGGAGGAAUUCCAAAAACUACUCGAUUUCGACAAGGACGAAGAUUUACAACGCAUGUACUCACUUCUUUCGCGGAUCCCAGAAGGUCUUGAGCCUCUACGUAAGAAGUUUGAGGAGCAUGUCAAGAAGGCUGGUCUAGCGGCGGUCGAGAAGCUCGUAAGCAGCGGUGACAAUGCAGCAGAGGAGACGAUUGAUCCAAAGGCAUAUGUCGAUGCGCUGCUCGAGGUACAUAAAAAGAACAGCGAGACUGUUGACCGAAGCUUCCGUGGUGAGGCUGGCUUUGUUGCUAGUCUUGACAAGGCGUGCCGUGAAUUCGUGAAUCGCAAUGCUGCGACGGGAAGUUCGUCAAACAAGAGCCCAGAGUUGCUUGCGAAGCAAGCAGAUUCGUUGCUGCGCAAGAAUAAUAAAGUAUCGGAAGAAGGUGAUCUUGAGAGUGCGCUCAAUCAAGUGAUGGUCAUCUUCAAAUAUAUUGAAGAUAAGGACGUCUUCCAAAACUUUUACACGAACAAACUUUCGAAGCGUCUUAUUCACGGCGCUUCUGCGUCUGACGAAGCUGAGGCGAGCAUGAUUUCCAAGUUGAAGGAGGCAUGUGGUUUCGAGUACACGCAGAAAUUACAACGAAUGUUCACUGAUAUGAGCUUGAGCAAGGAUAUGACGGAUGCUUUCAAAGAGAAGAUGGCCAUCAGUCACCCUGAGGAUGCUGAUAUGACUUUCACGAUCCAGGUUCUUGGGACGAACGUGUGGCCGUUGAAGUCGUUGGAUAUGAACUUCGUCAUUCCAAAAGAGAUCAUUCCGACGUACAAUCGUUUCCAGCAAUACUAUCAGCAGAAGCACUCGGGGCGAAGACUAACGUGGUUAUGGGCAUACAGCAAGAAUGAAUUACGCUCAAACUACGCUAAUCAGAAGUACAUAUUUAUGACAAGCUCAUUUCAGAUGGCGGUGUUAGUACAGUAUAACGAUUACGAUACAUUAACGUUCGAAGAACUUGUAACGAACACCGGCAUUCCUGAGGAUCUCCUCAAGCAGGUUCUCGCGAUCUUGACUAAGGCACGCGUGCUUCUACAUGAUGGCGAUGGUGAACCAUACGACUUGAACCCGAAUUACAAGUCGAAGAAGAUUAAAGUGAACCUGAAUCAGCCCAUCAAGGCUGCUGAGAAGGCAGAGACAACUGAAGUCCUCAAGAAUGUUGAUGAAGAUCGCAAAUUUGCAAUUCAAGCCACGAUUGUCCGAAUUAUGAAAGCACGGAAGACAAUGAAGAACCAGGCACUGAUUCAAGAGGUCAUCUCACACAUCUCGACGCGUUUCACGCCCAAAAUUCCAGAUAUCAAGAAGGCGAUUGACACGUUACUUGAGAAGGAAUACAUGGAGCGAGUUGAAGGCACGCGGGACACGUUUGCCUACGUUGCAUAGGUUGUCCAUCAUUGGUCUUCCCCACUCCUUCACUCGUCAGUUACAUCACCUACACCUUCCCUCCUCUUGUGCAUGAUUUCCUUCCCGCAUACUGUGUAGUAUACAACUCCCAUUUCUGCCAUAUGGAUGAGGACGAGCAGAACGCUGAAUGUGAAUGCAAGGCGGACAUGAAAUAGGUCGUUCAUAAUAUCCUAGCUCUGUCAAUGCUUAGAUACGCUGUGUUGUCAUUCAUAAUUAUCUAUC